AAGCCAAUAUAUUUUUGUUUUAAGCAGGCCGACACUGAAACAGCCUGUAAAUACAGAUAUGGAGCGUUAAAUGUUCAAGAUCGGCACAUGUCUACAAUAUCAGGUAACCGACUUUGUACUACUUGCGGGGGACAGCGGUUAAAUAUAGACUCACACCCCGAGACCGCCGGCUCUGCCUGAGCUCAUACUGGAGUCCAACAUCACAGGUCUAUGUCCUCAACCGCACAGCUAUGAAAAGGGUACUGAAUCCAAAAACACAAGGACACAGUUGAACCCAGGGGAGGAAAUGACACGGCCGAAGCCAGGCACAGAUCAUGUUUUUACAGAACUUUGUCCCAUUUGUCCCGAAACUUGGCCUAAAGUUGUUGCUUGACAGCGGGAGUCUCGCUGCUGACAACCUCCUCGAGCAGCACAGCUAGAAGUCGCAAUCCAAGAGAAUGGAUCUGUCACUACUUGACACGGAUGACCAAACACGGUCACCAGCAGAAGGAGGGGAUUUAGAUUCUCCCUCUGUUCUGCACAGUCUCACAGAUAACACUCUGUCUGCAGCCGAGACGGGAGCAGAGACUGUGUCAGAUCCCGCGGACCUCGCUGACGAAUCAACCGAGACUUUGUCAAACGUUUCCAAAUUCCUCCCUCGGGAGAAAAGCACUGACUCAGACCGUCUGAAGUCUGUGUCAUCCAGCUAUAAUAUCUCAGAGUGUUUGUCAUGUUGGUCAGAAUCUGCGCCAGAGGAUGACGAACGCAGGGUUUGUAGCUAUUUUGGUUCAUCAGAACCUGUAUUACCUCUUUUACCUCAACUCUCUCAUGAUCUUAUUACCACACGACCUGAAUUGGAGUUCACCGUCAGUGAUCCAGGCCUCUCCUUUUCUCUCAUACCUCAACCUUGUGGCGCAAUGUCCUCUGCCUCUGAGGGCUCGAUGGAGCCAUCUGUCACCGAGCCUUUCUCUGACCACAGCUUCAGCUCUGACCACAGUAAAGUCACUUCUCUAUUGAGGUCGUUAUCACAUCAGUCAGAUAGUUUAGAGAGCGAUACGGCACCUAUGACAGACCUUUACAUCUUUGAAAGUGAGACACAGGGCUUCAUCCUGAACCCUGAUGUUGAUCCAGGGGAGAUUAAAUGUCACGAAUACCAAACAUUAUCACAAACAGACCCUGAGUGCGAUACAUUUGACUUGAUGCGCGAUUCAGAAAAUGCGGAGACUCAAUGUCAGCGCGGCUCUAGCGAGGCACGAGCUAUGCUGAACUAUGAGUCAGACGUGAGCCAGCGCACAAGGCUAAAGCCACCUGCCGUUAAUGCCUGUGAGACAGGCCUGAUGUCAGGAAAUGAUGCGAGCCAAGAGACAGCAGAGGUCACCGAUGUAACCCCCAAGCCAUGGCGCAGCGACAGCCCGCUCGAACUGUGGCUGGACGCAUGCCAGUAUCUGGCAGGCGAGGACACAGAAGAUGGGGUCGAUUUGGACAAGACAAGACAUCCUGUGAUGCAAGGAGGGCUCACGGCCACCGGUGGCUUGUCUUUUCCCACAAGAGAGACACAAGUGUCAAGUUACAACCCUGACAGUGGUGAAGGGAUUGGCUGGUCCGAUGAUGACACCAGGGGUUGGGGGCCACCGGUCGAGAGGUGGUCGUCAGUGGACAGCUGGGCAAGUGCACUCUCAGACUGGACUGGGAUCCUCACGUCUCCCCCGGAGGACUUCACAGCUGCCUUCACAGAAAUAGGCGCUGAGAUAGAUGCUUUGACACAGGCACUGGCCGAGGUAAACACCCAUAUAGAUACAGAGACAUCUAAAGAAGGAGGGGGUCAAGAGGCAGCAGCGCGGGCACAAUCGCAGCCGACCAUGGGUGUCCAGGAUCAGCCUCUGAAGAUGCAAAACAUCCCAGAGAGCCCCGUCCUCGUUGGGCAGAGCUCCCUGUCUUUGUGCCUAGGGGCUGAAGGACCGGAGCUCCCAGGCAGAGAGGGCUCCCAGAGCACCGAGUCCCUGUGUGAUACAACACCUACCACACAGGGAGAAACAGAGCCAGAGGAGAUCCAGAGCAGUCCCACGUACCCGUACUCCGUUAGAUCGUCCGGUGCUACGACGGCCUCUCCUGGAGGAUACAAUGAAGAUGUGAUCCCUGGAUCGACUUCUUCCGUCGAUCUGGACCUUUCGCACUUUGGUGAAUAUGUCGGGUACUGUGAGACGGACAGCUUCAUCGGUAGUGAAGAGGAUCCGAUCCUACUGAAUAUAAUAGAGGACACAGAUUUCGAGACGGAGAAUCCACAAACAGAGCUCAACAUUUACAAGCCUUUUGCAGAUGGACUGUGUGAAGUGACAGAGGAGCACAGGAUCUCCCAGCUGGGCUCGGUGACCAGGCAGGAAGCUAAAAGCAGCUCUGGGCCAGCCGAGGUUGAAGGAGAAGUAACUGAAUGUUCAAAAGAUUUCCUGGACACACACUCACAUGUGCCAGGUGUGGACACACAACCUGGCCUCCAUAUAAAUGUCCCUGAACACGUGUCAUCUGACCCUUCACCAGACUUUGACGGUGCAUGUCAGUUGGAGCCACAGUGGGGAAGUCCCAAGUUUAUUAUGCCCUUAGCUCCUCUUGGAAUCAGCUCCACUGUCUUCUGUCAGACAAGCAGCGGUUUGAAAAGAGAUCAAACUUGUGUCAAAAGGUCUCUCGAUGUCAACCGAGACCUCAGCUGUGAACAACCUAGCGAUCUCUGGCCAACCUCAGAUGGGAUUACUGGCAAACCUCCUUUGGAAGGCGAUGAAGAGUUGAUUCAUAAAAAGGAAAAUACAACAGACUCUUCUGAGGACUCUUCAUCAGAGGGACAUCGGGACUUGGAGCCUGCAGGUUGUCUCUUCACUCCAAGAAAAACACUAAUUGAGGAUAUUAAUGAUCUCAGCAGAGAACUGUCAAACUUGGCUGUUGUCCCUGCAGAUCAUUUCUUCAUCUCAGAGGAGAACCGUAUUGCAGUCAUCACCUUGGAUCUGAAUGAUCCUUUUGCAGCCAGGCCUGCGAAACCCAUCAGCGUGCAAUCUGCAAAGACUCAGGAAAAGAUGCCUCACAAAAGCCACAAGUCCACCUCAGAGGGCAAAAAACACUUGAAAAAGGAAAAGUCGGCGGGUCAUCAUCAUGGUGCGCCGGCUUCAAAGAAACAGGAGAGCUUUUCUCAGAACGUUUCAGCCCAGCAGGUCUGCAAACAUGAGGACACUCGUCCUCUUACAGGGGAGAAUCAUACCAAUGAGAACACUCCAGCUCGGCUUGAGGACAAGGAGACGAAAUUGGUGAUCGAGACCGGUGUGGCAACUGAAAAGGCUCCGUGCAAGUCACAUGGGAAAAAGAAGAAGAAACACGCUCAGAACGCAACAGGCGUGAAAACCGUCGGGGAGCCACUCGUCGAGGUGGAGAAUGGAGCGAAACCAAAGACGGCAAGAGGAAGGAUUGAUACGUUUGAGGAGAAGCUGGGUGCUAAAGCUGGGAAAGCACAAAAGGACGGUGAUCAGUCACAUGGUGCUGAGAAAAAGGCCCAGCAACCUGAUGCUAAAGCUCCCCUGGAAGAACAACCUCCGCAUCAUCCGGAUCACAAAGACCACCAGGUAAAACACGUCCCCAGUCCUCUGAAGGAUGAUGUUAAAAGACCACGGCUGUCAGGAGAUAAGUUCGGAAAGAUUCUCAGUGCUAUGGAGUCCAAACUACCGAAGGCAGAUGUUUCCAUCAAGGCAAAGGGAGAGGAGCGUAAGGCGGACGCCGGGGCGACGCCAAAGAAGGCGUACAGUGAAGUGGUCAAACAGAAAGUCCCGCCGAAGGAAGAACCCAAGGUGGUGAAGCCGAUCCAGGCCGAGGCGGUGAGCGGGGACCCUCAGAGUCUGUGCCUCUGGUGUCAGUUUUCAGCUGUCUUCUCCCAUCACACCGUCACCUGGAGCAGAGACGGCACCGUCCUGGCUGAGACCAAGAGGAGUGCAGGGGACGAGAGCAGAGUGUCGCUGAAUAUCUCCAACGCCUCUCACAAAGACUUGGGCAAGUACCAGUGUCGGCUCACCAGCUCACACGGAUCGGCCACCCUGGACUACCUGCUCACGUACGAAGUGCUGAGUGAGAUUGUCAUCCCUCCAACUCCAAAGACCAUCACGUCUGCCCCAGUAGAGGUGGGGACGGAAGAAGAGGACGUGCAGUGUUCCGGGCUGAUGUUCAAAGAGGACUUCCUGACUGACCAACACUUUGGAGAGAACCAGCCUGCCAGCAUCAUCACUGAGAAGGUGCACUUCGGGGAGGGGAUGCAUCGGCGGGCUUUCCGGACCAAGCUGCACGCGGGUCAGAUCCCCCUGUUAGUACCUGGACACUCCUGUGUGCUCAAAGUGCACAAUUCUAUCAGCUACGGGACCAAGAACAACGACGAGCUCAUUCAGAAGAACUUUACCCUGGCUGUAGAGGAGUGCCAGGUCCAGAACACAGCGAGAGAGUACAUCAAGUCCUACACCACUGAGGCUCAGUCUAUUGAAGCCUUCGGCGAGAUCCCAGAGAUCAUUCCCAUCUACCUGGUCCACCGUCCGUCCAAUGACAUCCCGUACGCGACGCUGGAGGAAGAGCUGAUCGGGGACUUUGUCAAGUAUUCAGUCAAGGACGGCAAAGAGAUCAACCUGAGGAGACGCGACUCGGAGGCAGGACAGAAGUGUUGCGCGUUCCAGCACUGGGUCUACCACAAGACUGAGGGCAACCUGCUGGUCACUGACAUGCAAGGAGUGGGAAUGAGGCUUACUGACGUGGGAAUAGCCACCUGUAAGAAAGGAUACAAAGGCUUCAAAGGAAACUGUGCCACCUCCUUCAUUGACCAGUUUAAAGCCCUGCACCAGUGCAACAAGUACUGUGAGAUCCUGGGCCUCAAAUCCCUGCAGCCGAAACCGAAGAAGCCCGCGUCGGCUCCGAAACCCAAACCCCAACCGUCCACUGCACCCAAGAAGAAAACAUUCGGGCCAACAGUGAAGGGCAAGUCAUAAUAGCAGGAGAGUCCUGGACUUUGGGAUUCAUUGUUUUCUUGAAUGUCGUGAGGUUUUUUUUUUUUUUUUGGGUGAUUCGCUUCACUCACGUCAGAUCUCGUCACGCAGAGUUUGGAAAGUUGCCCAAAGUUUUUUGACAAGGACAUAUUUGACUCUGACGGGAUACAAACUUCAUCUCACGUCGGACACUUUUAGAGAUAUAUUUUAUUUUAUUGCAGAUUUCUAUAUGAGAGAGUGUGUGUGAUCUGAGAGACGAAACUUUAGCUUCGAGAAAACUGUGACAACUUUAACAAACACUUGAAACUGACGAUGAGGAUGACGCGUUCGUCUGCAGCGUUGAACUGUGAUGUCUUAGAGAUUUGCUUUAUUGGUGACAUGCGAUGACUUUUCUUUACAGAUCAAUGCAGUUUUUCUUUCUUUCUUCUUCUUUUUUUUUUUUUUACUUCUGUGAUGUUUUCAAACGAUUAGUUCAUUAAAUUAAUGAACUUAUUAAUUCAUUGAUUGGAGGAAACAGUAGCAGUAGAGGAUGUAUAUUGUGUUUGGGUAACUUUUGCGACAAAGGUGUUUUAACAAGCGUAUAUUUACUUUAAUGUUUUUAAACUGUUUGUGUAGAAAAGCUUCUGAAUCAGACACACGGAGACAUUUUGUACACACAAAGCUCGCGUCACGUCCGCCUUUGAAUGUAUUCACAGAGAAAUGUGAAGGUUUAUCGAUCUUUUUCUUUUUUAAUGUCGGAGGCAGUCCUGCCUAUCAGAUGGAUUUCAGAUGGCUGGCAUCAUUUCAAAGAUCCCGGCAAAUCCAAUACACCAGGAGUAAAAUCUGCUCACGUUCAGAGUCCAUAUGAUCUCAGUAGCAUGCGAGAUAUUCAAUCGCAGGUUCGAAUGGUCUCUAUAUAUCACUGUCGCCUUUUAAAUCUCUGACCCAGAUUGCUGGGAUGGCUCUCAGGGUGCGGCUGUGGCCAGUGUGUGGAUCCUUCUCAUUAAAGAGACGUUGCUGGUUGAA